UAACUGAAUCCCCCUGUUCAUGCCUACUUUCGGGCUUGUUUCUGUCCUUCUGUUGAAAGGCCCAGCCUGCUUUGAGUCUGAUCCUGAACCCUCUAGGAUCGGUGCCAUCUCUCUUGUACUCUGCCUGUGGCUCCCCCUUUCGUAACUGCGAAUGGAAACCUUUUACUUCUCUCUGGGCUCCUCCCUACCACCAACAACGACUUCCGCCCCAGCGGUCUUUCCUUUGCAGCUGUCAAGAGUGUGUGCCUGGCGGUGUUUCGCAAGUGCUGAUGUUGAGCAGAGCGUGUCCUAACUCAAGCAAGAGCACAGAGACCUGCACAUCCUGUCAGAAGGGCGAGUGGCUGAACCCAGAGCUGCAGCAUUUCAGCUGACACGGAGAUAAGGCUGGAGAGACCUAAGACAGAAUGUCAGAUUCUCUGGUUGUGUGUGACGUGGACCCAGAGCUGAAGGAGAAACUGAAGAAGUUCCGGUUCCGGAAGGAGACUAACAAUGCAGCCAUAAUGAUGAAGGUAGACAAAGACAGUCAACUGGUGGUGCUGGAGGAAGAAUUUCAGGACAUCUCUCCAGAGGAGCUGAGGAGCGAACUGCCAGAACGCCAGCCUCGAUUUGUAGUUUACAGCUAUAAAUACGUCCACGAUGAUGGCCGGGUCUCAUACCCUCUCUGCUUCAUCUUCUCCAGCCCAGUCGGGUGCAAGCCGGAGCAGCAGAUGAUGUAUGCCGGGAGCAAAAACAGGCUGGUGCAGGCAGCUGAGCUCACCAAGGUCUUUGAGAUUCGGUCCACAGACGACCUGACGGAGCAAUGGCUCAAAGAGCGCCUGGCCUUUUUCCGCUGAUUGGUAGGGUAAUCCUGGAGGGCUGGACCUUCAGUAAACUCCCCACUCAUAGCAGGCCCUGUAGUCUAACUCCCCCAC